AUGCACAGGCACAUAUAUAAGGUACAGAAAUCACUCGACGUGACCACCAUCAGCGGCCACCUCUUUCUUCAAGUAGGGCCAAAAUCUGGAGCAGGUGUUGGUGGCGGCAUCCCUAUCCACGUUGACCAUGGCAUCACUGAUAGCUGCCUCGAGAGCCUGCUUAAUGUUAAUCUCUCUCUCUCUCUCUCUCUCUCUCUCUCUCUCUCUCUCUCUCUCUCUCUCUUCUCCUCUUCCCCUAGAACCUGCAUUUCUCGGCUGGGUAACUUAUUUCUGCCCAAAUUAUUAUUGUGGACAGUUCUUCUUUGUGCUGUGUCCCCUGUGACCUUUAUCAACGUUUUCCCAUUUGUCAAACUCCCCUUCCCGCUUUCCCCCUUCCCUUCUCGUCAGGUCUUUGAUCUACUUCUAUAUCUAUCUAUCUAUCUGUCUGGCCAGAUGUACCUAACUCUAUCCAGAUCUAUCUAUUUCAUUAUAUUCAUAUCUAUCUAUCUAUCUAUCUAUCUAUCUAUCUAUCUAUCUAUCUAUCUAUCUAUCCAGAUGUACCUCACUCUAUCCAGAUCUAUCUAUCUAUUUCAUUAUAUUCAUAUCUAUCUAUGUAUUUAUCUAUCUAUCUAUCUAUCUAUCUAUCUAUCUAUCUAUCUAUCUAUCUAUCUAUCUAUCUAUCUAUCUGUCUGUGCAGAUGUACCUGACUCUAUCCAGAUCUAUCUAUCUAUUUCAUUAUAUUCAUAUCUAUCUAUCUAUCUAUCUAUCUAUCUAUCUAUCUAUCUAUCUAUAUGUACCUCACUCUAUCCAGAUCUAUCUAUCUAUUUCAUUAUAUUCAUAUCUAUCUAUCUAUCUAUCUAUCUAUCUAUCUAUCUAUCUAUCUAUCUGUCCAGAUGUACCUCACUCUAUCCAGAUCUAUCUAUCUAUUUCAUUAUAUUCAUAUCUAUCUAUCUAUCUAUCUAUCUAUCUAUCUAUCUAUCUAUCUAUCUGUCUGUCCAGAUGUACCUCACUCUAUCCAGAUCUAUCUAUCUAUUUCAUUAUAUUCAUAUCUAUCUAUCUAUCUAUCUAUCUAUCUAUCUAUCUAUCUAUCUAUCUAUCUGUCUGUCCAGAUGUACCUCCUAUCCAGAUCUAUCUAUCUAUUUCAUUAUAUUCAUAUCUAUCUAUCUAUCUAUCUAUCUAUCUAUCUAUCUAUCUGUCUGUCUGUCCAGAUGUACCUCACUCUAUCCAGAUCUAUCUAUCUAUUUCAUUAUAUUCAUAUCUAUCUAUCUAUCUAUCUAUCUAUCUAUCUAUCUAUCUAUCUAUCUGUCUGUCCAGAUGUACCUCACUCUAUCCAGAUCUAUCUAUCUAUUUCAUUAUAUUCAUAUCUAUCUAUGUAUUUAUCUAUAUCUAUCUAUCUAUCUAUCUAUCUAUCUAUCUAUCUAUCUGUCCAGAUGUACCUCACUCUAUCCAGAUCUAUCUAUCUAUUUCAUUAUAUUCAUAUCUAUCUAUGUAUUUAUCUAUAUCUAUCUAUCUAUCUAUCUAUCUAUCUCGAGUGCCUUAUACUUUGCCCUGUCUUUCAUUAUGAACUUCUCUGUAUUUAUCUAUGUAGUAUAA